UCAUGCAUUGGUCUGUUCGCAACCCAAAGUUUAGUUAGCCACCGUAAUACGACAGCUCGAGUCGUAGACAGACAGGCUUCAGCCCGUGGUCGAGACGCAAGCUCUCGCAGACGUGACUAGCUAGCCGCGCAGUGAACUCCCGUUCAGGCUCCUCCUCCCCAGUGCUGUGUCGUGAGCCAUGGCCGUCGCCGCCGCUCAGAAGAACCGCGAGAUGUUCGCCAUCAAGAAAUCCUACAGCAUCGAGAACGGCUACCCAUCCCGCCGUCGCUCGCUCGUAGACGACGCCCGCUUCGAGACGUUAGUUGUGAAGCAGACCAAACAAAGCGUGCUGGAAGAGGCUCGGGCUCGUGCCAAUGACUCUGGCUUGGAAUCUGAUUUUAACCAAGACACCGCUCCAAUUGGUGACGACAAACCUGAAAACAAUGACACCCAACAGGACGAGAACGACAAUGGAAAUGAUGCAGAAGCUACAGAUGGUUCCAACUCAGAUGAAGAUUACACUCUUACUGAAGAGGAGGUAAUUCUGCAAAACGCCGCGAGCGAGAGCCCGGAAGCCGAACAGGCGAUCCAGAAGGCCGCUCUGCUUCUCCGCAUGCGCGAUGGCAUGGGCUCUCUCGCUCGCAUACUCAAAACCAUCGACAACUACAAAGGUUGCGUGGAGCACCUCGAAACGCGCCCUUCCCAAGCGUCCGGCAUCCAGUUCGACGCUCUGGUGAAAGUGAGCAUGACUCGCAGCAACCUGCUCCAGCUGAUCCGAUCGCUCCGCCAGUCGACCGCCUUCGCCGGCGUCAACCUGCUCUCCGACAACAUCUCCAGCAAGACGCCGUGGUUCCCGCGCCACGCCUCCGACCUCGACAACUGCAACCACCUCAUGACCAAGUUCGAGCCCGAGCUCGACAUGAACCACCCCGGGUUCGCCGACAAGCAGUACCGCGAGCGCAGGAAGGAGAUCGCGGAGAUCGCGUUCGCGUACAAGUACGGCGACUCCAUCCCGUCCAUCACGUACACCGAGGUGGAGAACUCCACGUGGCAGCGAGUGUUCAACACCGUGCUGGAGCUGAUGCCCAAGCACGCGUGCAAGGAGUACAAGGCGGCGUUCGGCAAGCUGCAGGAGGCCGACAUCUUCGUGCCGCACCGCAUCCCACAACUGGACGACGUCAGCAACUUCCUGCGCAAGCACACCGGCUUCACGCUGCGCCCGGCGGCCGGCCUGCUCACCGCGCGCGACUUCCUCGCCUCGCUCGCCUUCCGCGUCUUCCAGUCCACGCAGUACGUGCGCCACAACAACUCUCCCUUCCACACGCCUGAACCUGACUGCAUCCACGAGCUCCUGGGACACAUCCCCCUGCUGGCUGAUCCCAACUUCGCACAGUUCUCCCAAGAGAUCGGGCUCGCUUCGCUCGGCGCUUCAGACUCAGAAAUCGAAAAACUGUCUACUGUAUACUGGUUCACGGUUGAAUUCGGCCUGUGCAAGGAAAACCAACAACUGAAAGCUUACGGUGCCGCCCUCCUGUCCUCCAUCGGAGAACUGCUGCACGCCCUCAGCGACAAGCCCGAGCUGAGACCCUUCGAACCAGCGUCCACAUCCUUGCAACCCUACCAAGAUCAGGAGUACCAACCCAUCUACUACGUGGCUGAAAGCUUCGACGAUGCCAAAGACAAAUUCAGACGCUGGGUGUCCACCAUGUCGCGGCCGUUCGAGGUGCGCUUCAACCCGCACACGGAGCGCGUGGAGGUGCUGGACUCGGUGGAGAAGCUGGACACGCUCAUCUGGCAGCUCAACACGGAGAUGCUGCACCUCACCAACGCCGUCAACAAGCUGCGGGGCUCGCGCUUCGAGUGAGCCGCCCGCGCGUGGCCGGCAGAGCGUCGUCUUGUAUAGCUAGUGAUACCGUAGGUGUAAGACUGUUGUCGUGUGGAGCGUGUGUGCGUGUGCGGAAACCAUCGGAUGGUACUUCGUUGAAUUCCUUUUGUACCUUAUUAUUUAUUGUGCCGAGCUCAUUGCCCGGGCCUCGGAAGGCGCGCGGGGCUCCCGAUUGCCCAUUUACGGAGGCCGCGCGCGUUCGCGGGACCUCACUAUUGUAUUAGUAUUAAUUUAUAAUUUAAUGAGAACACAAACUAAAAAUGGAGCACCAAAAAGUAAAAAAAAUCAAACAGAAAAUAUAUGUGUUUGAGUGGA